GUCCGCCCGAGGAGACGGGGCAGCCCUCCCCUGCCUACGGUUCCGAAGUCUUCUAUUUAUUCCUUUCUGUUGGAGGGGGCUCGUAUCUGGGGCGAGAGAGAGAGAGCGAGAGAGCGAGAAUCCUCCGCAAUGGCCCUGGAGAACGAAGAGGAUAGUAUGUCGUGGAAAAAGCAGGCGGACGAUAUCAAGAAGAUCUUCGAAUUCAAGGAGAUUCUGGGAACAGGUGCCUUUUCGGAAGUCGUCAUGGCAAAGGAGAGGGCCACUGGCAAGAUGUUUGCCAUCAAAUGCAUUCCGAAGAAGGCCUUGAAAGGCAAGGAAAGUAGCAUCGAGAAUGAAAUUGCUGUUCUCCGAAGGAUAAAGCAUGAAAACAUCGUUGCUUUGGAAGACAUCUACGAAAGCCCUAACCACUUGUAUCUGGUGAUGCAGCUGGUGUCAGGGGGCGAGCUGUUUGACCGUAUCGUGGAGAAGGGAUUCUACACUGAAAAAGACGCCAGUACGCUGAUCCGACAGGUGUUGAACGCCGUUCAGUACCUGCACAAAAUGUGCAUUGUCCACCGUGACCUGAAGCCAGAAAACCUCUUAUACUUCAGUCCUGAUGAAGAAUCCAAAAUAAUGAUCAGCGACUUCGGCUUGUCCAAGAUGGAAGGUUCGGGCGAUGUGAUGUCGACAGCCUGCGGCACACCAGGCUAUGUUGCUCCAGAAGUUCUUGCCCAGAAACCCUACAGCAAAGCGGUCGACUGUUGGUCUAUCGGAGUCAUCGCUUACAUUCUGUUAUGCGGCUAUCCUCCGUUCUACGAUGAAAAUGACUCCAGACUGUUUGAGCAGAUAUUGAAGGCAGAAUAUGAGUUUGACUGUCCUUACUGGGAUGACAUCUCGGACUCUGCUAAAGAUUUUAUCAAACGCUUGAUGGAAAAGGACCCAAACAAACGUUACACGUGCGAGCAAGCAUUGAGGCAUCCCUGGAUUGCCGGAGACACAGCUCUGAACAAGAAUAUUCACGAGUCAGUCAGCGCCCAGAUCAGGAAGAAUUUUGCCAAAAGCAAAUGGAGGCAAGCGUUUAACGCCACGGCGGUGAUACGUCAUAUGAGGAGACUGCAGCUCGGUAGCAGCCAGGAAGGCUCAUCUCUGCACGGACAAGCCAGCCGCAGACCCACCAAACCACUGCCCGAUGUCACGUCUCGUAAAGAUUGUCUCUCAGCUUCCACUGCUUGCAGCAUAGCAUCGGCUGCGUCCUCUCCUUCUGUUAUAUCGCUGGUAGGGUCCGAUCAGCGAGCGAGAUCUACGUCAGUAACCACAGUACACACUGGGAGCAAAUGACAAGUGACUUCAACAGAAAUACAUGAUGGGGAACAACAUCACUGUGAUGGAUCCCAGAAGUCAAGCAAUCUCACAAUGCAUGUGCACUGAAGUCUAGAGGGAUCCCAGGGAGGAUUUAUAAAGGCCAUAUUUUAUACUGUAACUCUUAUACAAUAUACGUACCAUAAAUUGCAUUGAGUCAUGUGCUGGUGGAUUUAACAGUAUCUGGUGCUGCGCAUAUGAGUCUAGCAAUGUUUUGUUCACCUUAUCUAAAGUCAACAGUUAAUGUCGUUCUGUGGUAAUUGUACAAUGUUUUAUUUUCUCCAAAACAGCAGCAUUUCUCCUGGACGUACAUUCACCGAGGAAUGAGGCAUCAGUUGGACUGCACAAGCCAUUCCUUAUCUCUUGUGUUCUUCUCGAUUCCUCUGUCUCCCCUGGGACUUUGGUAAAAUGCAGAACCCCUUCACACUGUAAGAUUGUGCAGCUUGUGAUAAGCAGCAGUGGACUGACAGUCAAAACAGAAAUGCUGUGAUACAAAACCUAUCGGGGUUUAAAACCUUCAAUACUAAAACUAUUUCAUGGUCCUAAACUGGACAAGGUCUUUUAACUAUUCAGGGCUAGAACAUAACAUCACCUUUGUUAACUCCAGCUCUAGUGAAUGUGUCUGGUUGUACAUAUAAAAAAGUUACCUUUAGUUAGUCAACUUUAUAGAUUAUCUGCCAAUGUCCUAUUGCACCAUUACAAAUUUUUAAUCUCGUUUUUUAUGCUUUUAGUUAACAUUCAGUGUGACUCAGUCAGACAGAGGUAGAUGCAUCCUAAGCUAAUUCUACAUAUCUGAGAGUGAGAUUAGUUGUGCCUUUCUAAAAGACUUCUUGUUGGAAAGAAGAUCAGAAAUUCUUGCACCAUUUUUAAAAAUAAACACGGUUACGUUGAAAUCAUUCCCUAGGGAGAGCAUCAUUCUGCUAAAUCUAAAUCUGCUUAAAUUAACUGACAUUUGAACAACAUUCUUCAGUUCCAAGACAUUCCCUGAGCGAUGUGCCAGAAUUCUUUGGUGCUGAGUUUUAACUUUUAUAUUGUGGUGAUCUGGAUCAUUUUAAAACCUGUUUUAGCUUUUCUCUUGGCCAAUGUCAGACAUGAUUAUCAGAUGACAUCAGAAUUGAGAGGAUAUAUAUUUCUCCAAGUAGUUCUAUCUUAAGGGAAUAUAGACAA